CACGUAGUUCAGUUUAUCAAAACAAACAAACUGCACGGACCACCGGAAACGAACUCGUAUCGCUAUCGUAAAACCAUAUGUUACAAGAUGCAGUAUUGUCUUCCUGAAUAAUACAAAAUUGUCUUGUGAUAAACGGUCAGCCAUGUGAUCCAGAGAAGGUGAUCAUGCAAUGCGCAUCUACCCGAAAAGAACGGAUCUUCUGUAAUGGAAGCGGAUGUAGCGGCAUUAGUCUGUUGGGCGGGAAGUGUCUGGCUCUGCAUCUGGGCAGUAUUCUGGCGCAACGGGAAGCGUUUUUGGCCGAGCACAUGUUGUGAGCGUUUCCUUGGCAGAAGCAAGCGCAUCAACCUGGAGCUGGACCAUGCGUUGUUGAUCCGCUUCAGUCCCGACAACAAAGCCGUGAUCGGGCGGAUGCACAACGCCGAUGAGGUGUGCGUGUUCAAGCUGACGACGAACGCCAACGGACAGCGCAACAAGCUCUGCACGACGUUACCAAUCAGGCGGCACACGCCAACGGCGAGAUCCGCUGCAUGGACAUCCAGUGCAACGGCAAGUUCAUCAUGACGGCCCACGACAACGCUGCCAUCCACCUCUGGCCCAUCAAGGGCGGCGCGCCGCUGGCCUCCAUCGUCACCAACCUCGGCGUUCUGCAUUCCGCGCAGAUCUCGCCCUGUGGUCGCUUCAUUGCCGCAUCCGAUUCGUUCAGGCUUCACGCCGGAAGUGCGGGCGUGGGCGAUCGUGGCCGAUAAAUCCAGCGGCGACGUGUAGGCCGUGGAGAAGGCCUUCGAGCUGACCGGGCACAGCGUAGCCAUCCCGGCCUUCGGCCUCUCGGGCGAUUCCACCCACAUGCUCUCCGUCAGCAAGGACAAGUCCUUCCGCCUCUUUGACGUCAACGUAGACUACAAUAAGCGCCAGUCUCCAGCGCCCUGGAUCUGACUGACUUCCCACGAACGGAAUGCGUCGACACACGUCACCACAACGCACCUUUCUUGGCCCCGCCUCCCCCCCUCCCUGUGACCCACCUCG